UAAAUCUGACACGAUUGGUGCCAAAAUUAGAGAGGUGAAUGUGUUUUGGAUGUGGAUCUGGCCUAUUACUUUCAGUUAUUAAUUCAGAAGUGGUAACGGAGCUUACCGUCUUAAUCUCAAUCUCAAAAUGUCACUCACUUUGCAAACUCCGUCCUCGACGACGCUCUCUUCUGCAUCUUCCAUUCACUCGACAACAAGAAGAUCGACUUCUUACUUCUCGAUUCGUUCCACGCUUUCCCCAAAAACUAUCCAUUGCAAUUCCCGCAGGUCCUACCCUCAAACUCUCGCUUCUGCUUCCUCUAUCAAUAUCGCUUCCACCACUGAACUCGAUGCUGUGUCCGCCUUCAGCGAGAUCGUCCCCGACACCGUCGUUUUCGAUGAUUUCGAGAAAUUUCCUCCAACUGCUGCUACUGUCAGUUCAUCGCUUCUCUUGGGAAUAUGUGGCCUUCCAGAUACCAUUUUUAGGAAUGCUGUGGAAAUGGCUUUGGCUGAUUCUGAGUGUUAUGGAAUUGAAAAUCCUAAUGCACGAGUGUCUUGUUUUGUCAACAAGGCUUUCGCGAAUGUGGGUAGUGACUUGGCAAAGCUUGUCCCUGGCCGUGUUUCCACAGAGGUGGAUGCGCGGCUUGCUUAUGACACGCACGCCAUUAUCAGGAAGGUGCAUGACUUGUUAAAGUUGUACAAUGAUAGCAAUGUACCUCCUGAACGUCUGUUGUUUAAAAUUCCUUCAACUUGGCAAGGAAUAGAGGCUGCAAGGUUGCUGGAAUCUGAAGGCAUACAAACACAUUUGACCUUUGUCUAUAGUUUUGCUCAAGUCGCUGCUGCAGCUCAAGCUGGUGCAUCUGUUAUUCAAAUUUUUGUUGGUCGUAUAAGGGAUUGGGCACGUAAUCAUUCUGGUGACGCAGAGAUAGAAUCUGCCCAGCUAAGAGGAGAGGAUCCAGGGUUGGCAUUAGUGACAAAAGCUUACAAUUAUAUUCACAAAUAUCGACAUAAGUCAAAGUUGAUGGCAGCCGCUGUUCGCAACAAACAGGAUCUAUUUAGUCUUCUGGGGGUUGACUAUAUCAUCGCUCCAUUAAAGGUAUUGCAGUCUCUCAAAGAGUCUGUUGCUUCUCCUGAUGAGAAGUACUCUUUUGUUAGGAGGUUAUCCCCUCAGUCUGCUGCAACGUACCAAUUUCGUGAGGAAGAGCUUGUUCAAUGGGACCAUGAUAGCAUGGUAAAUGCCAUGGGGCCUGCAGCUGUGCAGCUUUUGGCUGCUGGACUGGAUGGCCAUGCUGAUCAAGCAAAGCGGGUGGAAGAUCUAUUUGAGAAAAUUUGGCCACCACCAAAUGUAUGAUUUGACGUCUGUCUUUUUGUCGAAAGAGUGUUUUUCCUGAUGGAAUAAACGUAGUAGCGAACAGAUGAAGGGGAUAUUCCGUUUUUCUCUUUCCCUCUGACCUUUGAACCCUUAAACAAUUUCCUUAAUAUAUAAAGCACGCGAUUCCUAAA